CCACCUCGUACAUUUCAUUUUAUGUAACUUGAUCAACUGGAUGGAAAAAAUGUUUUUAUUGGUACAUGAAUACUAUCAUUUUUUUAAAGUGAACUAUUGUUGGAAUUGACUGUUUUCUGUUCGUUGAGAAGUUGCAGAAUGGUCCUCAUACUUCUACUUUUGAUGUCUUGUGCGAAAUUCCACGAGGUUACAAUGGAAUCUAAUGAAGGAGCUUUGGUCAUGUUUAUUGACCCAGGAUUCACAUGCAAUGAUGGCACUCGCAUCCGUGGACGUCAAUUUUGCAAUGAAAUCACAGACUGCUCUGAGAACGAAGAUGAAGACGUUUGCUUAUACACAGCAAGUAACAACGAGAACGAUGGUGGAGUUGACUGUGAAAAUGCUACUUUACUUUUUGAUCAAAGAGAAUACUUUUUCCAGGAAACUUACGAAUGCAAGGAAGGUGCUGUCGUAGAAUUGGCAUGUCCCGUAUGUGGUACAGAAUCCAAUAAUGCAAAAAUUAAAUGGCUGAAAAAUAAUUUACUACCUGACAAAUGGCCGAAUUCAACCCAUCGAGAAUUCAAAGACACGGAUUUUCAAUUGAAGAUUAACGAAUGUAAUAUGGCUGAUAAGGUAUUUUAUACGUGUACGGUAUAUAAGAAGGGCACAAAAAGAAUCAGUUAUAACUUUCUACUUCAUGUACAAAAAAGACUUCUUCCUACAAAAUUCAUCACAGAAAAACCACAAAAUAAGACUGUGAAACUUGGUGAUUCAUGGAGUUUUAAGUGCCCGCUAGCGAAUCCUUCCCUUGAAAUCCAUUUCUAUCGCAAAGUCAAUUUGCUAACCACAAAGUACACAACAGAUAUGCCAGAAGCAGACAAUAUGGUGAAUAAAGCUGGUGAAUUGCAUAUUUCUCACGUAUCUGUGGAUGAUGAGGGUUGGUAUUCAUGUCGCGUUCUGAAUCCGGAUUCGCAAGACGCCGCUGCAAGCGCUUAUUUAAAAGUAACUACCUAAUCUUGGAAAUAAGUGACGAAGAAACACCGAAGAAUCCAAUUUCAAACGAGAAAGGCCGAAGCUGCAAUCUUGGAAUGCAACUUCCGCUGAAAGCAUCAAAUUAUUUACUAAAAUUAAAAUUGAAAUUUCGUUUACAUAAUCGUAUCAUUAGAUAUAAGUGAUUUACUUAGUAUAAUUUUAUCACGUG